AUGGCGGGAAAUGGAAAACUUCCAGGAGCUCGACAGGCAAAAACGACAAACAAGGCGCAAUAUGAAAGGCUCUAUGAGCUAAUGAGCGAAAGAGCAGAUCUGGCGCAAGGCUACACAAAACUGCCAAAAGAAGAAGUACAAAACUUCUGGGAAAAAGUCAAAGGCGAACUGAAUAGUCUUGGGCCACCUCUAAAGGAUGCCUCAAUAUGGAGAAAAGUAUGGUUUGAUUGGAAGUCCUAUAUUAAAAGGAAGCUUGUGGACAACAAAAAAGAAACAAAAUCAACUGGUGGUAGGGAGUAUAGGCAGCAUUUCUUCUCAAAACUUGAAGAAGCUGUUAUAGAGCUCACGGGACUAAAAACAUCAACAGCAGGAAUCAAGAACACUAUUAAUGUGGGUCCAUCAACACACAUAAUCACACCCGGAAAAGCUGAAUCCACAAAUGACAUAGACGUCUUUCGAGAGCCUUCAAAACGUUUGUCAAAUUUGAGGAAAAAGUGGACUGUGCCAUACCAACUUCGUAAUCAUUUCCAACACCAAGUUGAUAUCCACCUUCUCCCAAGAAUCUUAGGACAGCUGCGAGCCGACAAAUCAGGGAUAUUGAAGAAGAGAAAACCCCAGGGUCAUACUCCUGUUUCAAUAGAUCCAAAACAUACUUGA